AUGACAGACCGACUUGGCCUCCUCGAGCGCUCCGAGCUCACCCCUGCUCAGACUGAGGUAUACGAUGGCCUCGCCUCUUACACCGAGAAGAAGUUUAAGGGGGCGUUCAAAGCACGAGAUGACCAAGGCCGCUUCGUCGGUCCCUUUGGUAUCAUCCUGCACACGCCCGAGCUAGCCAAGGCGUAUAUGCAGCUCACGGGGUCCGUGGCGGGUAUAGGGGGCCUCGAUCCGGAGGCGAGGGAGACGGCUAUUCUUGUGGUGGGCGCUACGACGGGGGCCAAGUAUGAGACUUAUGCCCACGAGCCAGUAUCAGGCUUCAAAAGGGAAGAGCUCGACUCAAUCCUCGCUGGGAAAUGCCCCUCCACGUUCGAAGGGAAGCGGUUGACGGCCUACAAGGUGGCUGUUGCGCUGCAGGAGAAGGGGCCGUUGAGUAAGGAGCUGUGGGAUGAGGCUUUGGAGACGUUCGGGCGGGACGGAGCGAUCUCGCUUGUCCAUUAUGUGGGACUGUAUCGAUAUGUCGCGACUCUGCUGAACGGGUUUGAUGCCUCUGUACCCGAGCCGGAUCCUCGGAAGAUUCCUACCGCCUACCCCUCCAACCUCUCGCCCGUCAUGUUGUUCCCCCUCGUCGAGCUGGCUCUCUUCGUCAUUACCUUAACGAACAGUGUGUACGCCCAUCAACCCUCGGACUGGCUCGCCACAGUGGAGACAUUCUCCGCCGACUUUUUGUAUCCCGGCAACGGCGUUAUCGCGGCGAGUGGCAAGUAUCCUAUCUUCCAGUCAGAUGUGAAGGGGCGUGUGGACGUGACGACCGCUUUCAUCGGAGAUGAACUCAACGUGGAAUACAUCUUCGGCCUCUUCGCUCAGGUCAACGAGACCAACGCACAUCUUCAAGACACGUUUCUGCUUCCCGUACCGAUAUCAGGGAAACUCCAGUCGCUCGCUAUACAAGACAACAUCGUCUCCCUCUCUAACAUUGUCGACUUUACCUACUUCAAACAGAACAUCACGCUCCCUAUACUGCUCGACGCCUGGUUCGCCUUUGACCGCAAGACCAACCAGAUGCAGCAGUACGACGUGACAUUUCGUCGAUUUGCUUGGUUCUGGAAGGACGUCAUUCCGAAGUUGAUGCCUGAUUUGGAGAAGGAGAAUCACGUACGGGCGGGAUCGAUGGGACAACAGGAGCUCAUUACUUUGCAUGCGGCUCGACACAUCUGCUCAGAGCACGACAAAUACUGUACAGAUCCUGCGAACAGACAGUACGAUUCAACGAACGAUUGCCUCAACUUCCUCGUUUACAAUCGGACCUUUGGCGAGCCGUUCGAGCUGGGCCCUAUGAGCACUGUCCCCACGUUGGCGUCUCCAAUGAGUCAUCUUUUGCGAUCGGGGCUCAUGUCAGGCGGCAAGAUGUGUCUGGGCAGGAACUACAGUCAGAACGUUAAUCAGGACAUGUACGAGCAUACCUGGAUCGCACCGACGUCUAAUUCGCCGGAAUCCAUGGAGGGUAUCUCGGACCACAGUAUGCUCGAGCUCGUCAACGCGAAUAUGGUCGUCCCCCACCCGUUCACUAUGGGAUGGUUUCCCAGCGUCGCGAUGUUAUACGUGGGUCUCUCUGGGGACCCAGAUAAUGGAACAGUACUCACCCAAGCAGACCCUCCUCCUCUGGUUCUCGGCGAUCGUCUCUCGACUCUUUCUUCAUCGGAGCCGAGUGUUCAGACAGCUAUCUUGGGUACACCAGCGAACAUCGGUAGUCUGUGA